UCCAGGGUGUCGGGGCUCCGUCGGAUGACUCCGCCUCUCGCCUUGAAUUGGCCCCACGCUCGUCCCGUCCCAGCAGAUGAAUCUCCCUUCCUGGUUGGUCGGCGGUGAAUCCGUGGCGAGGUCUGGACCAAUGGGCGCUGUAGCUCGCAGAACGUCACCUGGAGGUGGGUCCCCAGCUGGCGCCGUUGGCCGUGGACGCCUAACUCCCGCGCUGAGACUUCCGGCGGGGGAGCGGGGCGCCGAGUUCUGCGUGAGUUCGCGACGCGGCGAGAAGCGCGGCGCCCAGGUCCCGGCCUAGGGAGGCCCUGGGGAGGGCUGGGCCGAGGGCUGGCGCGGCGGCUCCUGGCACCGACUGAGAGGCCAAGGCGCCGGAGGCGGCUGCGGCCCGGCUAGAGCGGGCUCUUCGGCCGGGACCUGAAGCCCAGGGUCCUCGGGCUUCUGCUGACGCCGGCCAUCCCUGUGCGAGGCUGGGGGCUCCUUUCCAGGCGGGCACCGCUGGUUUCCCGGGUAGGGCACUCCGGGGGCCUGACGAUGGCGUCGGGCCCGGGCUCCCAGGAUCGGGAAGGGCUCCUGAUAGUGAAACUGGAGGAGGACUGCGCCUGGAGCCAGGAGCUGCUCCCGCCGGACCCGGGGCCCAGCCCGGAGGCCUCCCACCUGCUCUUCAGACGGUUCCGCUUCCAAGAGGCCGCUGGGCCCCGGGAAGCCCUCAGCCGGCUCCAGGAACUUUGCCAUGGAUGGCUGCGGCCUGAGAUGCGCACCAAGGAGCAGAUCCUGGAGCUGCUGGUGCUGGAGCAGUUUCUGAUCAUCCUGCCCCAGGAGAUCCAGAGCAGGGUGCAGGAGCUGCACCCGGAGAGCGGCGAGGAAGCAGUGACCCUUGUAGAAGAUAUGCAGAGAGAGCUUGGGAAACUGAGGCAGCAGGUCACAAACCAUGGGCGGGGAACAGAAGUGCUUUUGGAGGAGCCUUUGUCUCUGGAAACAGCACGAAAGUCACCGAGCUUCAAGCUGGAGCCAAUGGAGACUGAGCGAAGCCCUGGUCCCAGGCUGCAGGAGCUGCUAGGCCCCAGCCCUAAAAGGGACCCCCAGGCUGUAAAGGAGAGGGCAUUAUCUGCUCCCUGGCUUUCUCUCUUUCCUCCCGAAGGAAACAUGGAAGACAAGAUGACUGGGCCCCAGUUGCCUGAGAGCUUAGAGGACGUGGCUAUGUACAUCUCCCAGGAGGAGUGGGGGCAUCAGGAUCCUAGUAAGAGGGCCCUCUCCAGGGACACGGUGCAGGAGAGUUAUGAGAAUGUGGACUCACUGGAAUCUCAGGUUCCCAAUCAGGAGGCCCUGAGCAUCCAGGUGGAACAAGGAAGAAAACCAUGGGAGCCCAGUGCCCAGAUAUGCAAGGAGGGACUGAGCCCCAGAAACCCAGCUCCAGAAGAGAAAUUUGAGAGCCGGGAAGAAAGUGCUCAGUCUAUUUCUCCUGAGAACAUCCAUCUGCAGGUGCUUCUGACUGGCCAGGCCAGAGGGGAGGUGCCCUGGAGUCCUGAGCAGGGACAGCCUGGGGACAGGGCAGAAGGGCAUUGGGAGCUUCCCCCAGAGGAUCAGAUGGAGCAGUCCAUAGUGGGAGCCACAAGUUGCAGAGAAGCAGGCCGGCCAAAGGAACUGCAGCCGAAGAAGCUCCAUUUAUGUCCCUUGUGUGGCAAAAAUUUCUCUAGUAACUCAAAUCUAAUUAGGCACCAGAGAAUACAUGCAGCAGAAAGACUGUGUAUGGGUGUAGAGUGUGGUGAAAUCUUUGGUGGGAGCCCACAUUUUUUAUCACUACACAGAGCACAUUUUGGAGAGGAGGCCCAUAAGUGCCUUGAAUGUGGAAAAAGCUUCAGUCAGAAUACCCACCUGACUCGCCAUCAACGCACCCACACAGGCGAGAAGCCCUAUCAGUGUAAUGUAUGUGGAAAAAGCUUCUCUUGCAACUCCAAUCUCCACAGACACCAGAGAACACACACCGGUGAAAAGCCUUACAAGUGCCCUGAGUGUGGCGAGAUUUUUGCUCACAGUUCCAAUCUCCUUAGGCACCAGAGAAUUCACACAGGAGAGAGACCCUAUAAGUGUGCUGAGUGUGGAAAAAGUUUCUCUCGAAGUUCCCACCUUGUCAUACAUGAAAGAACUCAUGAGAAAGAGAGGCUUUUCCCCUUCUCCGAGUGUGGGGAAGCAAUGAGUGACAGCAGCUCCUUUCUUACAAAUCAUGGAACCCACAAAACAGAGAAGAAACUCUUUGAAUGUUUGACCUGUGGGAAAAGCUUCCGGCAGGGCAUGCACCUCACCAGACAUCAGAGAACGCACACAGGAGAGAAACCAUAUAAAUGUACCCUUUGUGGGGAAAACUUUUCUCAUAGAUCCAACUUAAUCAGGCACCAGAGAAUUCACACAGGAGAGAAACCCUAUACCUGUCAUGAGUGUGGAGACAGUUUUUCUCACAGCUCCAAUCGGAUUCGUCAUCUGAGAACCCAUACAGGAGAGAGACCCUAUAAAUGUUCUGAAUGUGGAGAAAGCUUUUCUCGGAGUUCACGCCUUAUGAGUCAUCAGAAAACUCACACCAGAUAGAAACAAUGGAGUUUCAUUUCACCACAGAUAAUGUGGCAUAUUCAGAGGGGUCUGCUGUUGAGAGCUGGUAUUUCUUGCCCUGCUGACCGAAAUCAUCUGUGUUGUUUUAUUUUUAAAUUUAUUUUAUUGAUUUCAGAGAGGAAGGGAGAGGAGAGAGAGAAACAUCAAUGAUUAGAAUCAUUG